AUGUCUGUCGAUUUCAACACCCUCGCCAAGCAGUUCUGCGAGUUCUACUACCAGACCUUCGAUACCGACCGGUCUCAGCUCGGUAACCUCUACCGAGAUCACUCUAUGCUCACCUUCACCGGUACUCAGCACCAGGGUGCCCAGGCUAUCGUUGAGAAACUUGUUGGCCUUCCCUUUGGCCAGGUCCGACACAAGAUUUCUGAUAUUGACGCCCAGCCCGCUUCUGCUCAGGGAGGUGAUGUCAUUGUGCUUGUCACCGGAGAGCUGUGCGUUGAUGGCGACAACCCGCUCCCUUACGCCCAGGUUUUCCACCUGAUCCCUGAUGGAUCUUCGUACUAUGUCUUCAACGACAUUUUCCGACUCAACGCUUAG